ACGAUUUACCCUCUUUGACUGGCUAUUUGGGAAGCAGCUCGGCGUCCUUUUCAACCGACAGCUUCAUCAUCGGUUUCGCGCUCAUCACAUAUUCAGGCCUCCGACUCCUCGCCCAAAGUUUUGCCACGCUCCGCUACCUUACCGCCACCCUCAUCACCGUCGGCCGCUAUAGUAGGCCUGACGGUCACUCUUGUCAACGUCCGUUAAGAUGCCUCCAACGAAGACCCAAACCCAGUGGAAAGACAUACCUCCGGUUCCAUCCAGCGAAGAGUUCCUGGACAUUGCCCUCAGUCGCACACAGCGACGCCUGCCUACGAUCAUCAGAGCAGGCUUCAAGAUCAGUCGCAUCAGAGCGUUCUACACGAGAAAGGUCAAGUUUACCCAGGAGACAUUCUCCGAGAAGAUUGGAACUAUUCUCGAGGCCUUUCCUCGAAUCAACGAGAUACAUCCUUUUCAUAAGGAUCUCCUUCACACCCUCUACGAUGCCGACCACUUCCGAAUUGCGCUCGGACAGCUGUCCACUGCCAAGCACUUGAUCGAGACGAUCAGCCGUGACUAUGUGCGCCUCAUCAAGUACGCACAGUCGCUCUUUCAGUGCAAACAGUUGAAGAGGGCGGGUCUCGGUCGCAUGGCUACCAUCAUCAAGCGCCUCAACAACCCGCUGAAGUACCUUGAUGAAGUCCGGCAGCAUUUGGGCCGUCUGCCCUCGAUCGACCCCAAUACCCGCACCCUCGUCAUCUGCGGUUAUCCGAACGUUGGAAAAUCCAGCUUCCUCCGUUCCAUCUCCCGCGCCGACGUUGACGUUCAGCCCUAUGCUUUCACGACCAAGUCUCUGUUUGCUGGUCAUUUCGAUUACAAAUACCUCCGCUUCCAGGCUGUGGAUACCCCUGGUGUCCUGGACCAUCCACUUGAGGAGAUGACGACCAUCGAGAUGCAGUCGAUCACGGCCAUUGCACACCUGAGAGCCGCGAUCCUGUACUUUAUGGAUCUGUCUGAGCAGUGCGGAUACUCGGUCAAGGCGCAGUGUGCGCUAUUCAGGAGCAUCAAACCUCUAUUCCAGAACAAGAUCUGCUUCAUUGUCAUCAACAAGAUUGAUGUCAUGCGCCCAGAAGAUCUGGACGCCGAGACGCAGGCAGACCUGCAGUCGCUGUUGAAGUCUGGUGAGGUCGAGAUGGUCCAGGCCAGCUGCAACACUCAGGAAGGCGUUCAGGCUGUAAAGAAUGCAGCGUGCGAGAAAUUGAUCGCAGAGCGCGUCGCGACCAAGCUGAAGGCCGGCCAAUCAAGCAGCGGCGCUGUCGGCAGUAGGUUGCAGGAGGUCAUGACCAGGAUACACGUCGCACGCCCCAUGGAGGGGUCGACACCUCUGGAGACCUUUAUCCCUGAAGGUAUCAAGUCGAUGAAGAAGUUCGACAAGAACGACCCAGAGAGACGGAAGCUCGCACGGGACGUCGAGGAGGAGAACGGCGGUGCUGGUGUCUUCAAUGUCGAUCUUCGGGCAGACUGGGACCUCAAGGACCCUGCCUGGAAAUACGACAAGAUGCCUGAGGUCGUCAACGGCAAGAACGUGUUCGACUACGUUGAUCCAGACAUUGAUGCCAAGCUCGCCGCUCUUGAGGAGGAAGAGGAACGCUUGGAGAAGGAAGGCUACUACGACUCGGAAGAGGAGAUGGACGAUGAUGAAGAGGAAGAUUUGCUGGAGAAGGCCAAGCUGAUCCGCGAGAAGCAGGCACUCAUUCGCAAUGAAGCUCGGAUGAGAAAGUCUCUGAAGAACCGCGCCAUACUGCCGAGAAGCAAGGUCAAGAAGCCUCUCUCACAGCUCGCAGACCACCUCGACCAGCUCGGCAUCGACGCGACAGAGAUCGAGGCUCGUGGAAGGGCAGCACCGAGCUCUCGUGGUCGUUCUCUCAGCCGUGCUGCUACUGAGGACGUCGACGGCAUGGAUAUUGACUCCCCUCGGGAACGUCUGCGUUCCAAGAGCCGGGCGCGCAGCCAGGCACCCGCCACAGACAGACGGCAGGAUGGUGUUACAGACGAAACAGCACGCACCAAGGCAGAAAGGGCUGCCAAGCUUGGGCAGAGGAAGAUGAACAGGAUGGCACGAGCUGGUGAGGCCGACCGACACGUUGCUGCCUCCAUGCCGAAGCACUUGUUUGCUGGAAAGCGUGGCAUGGGCAAGACUUCUCGUCGCUAGACAAUGGAAGGAUACGGAGGCUUCAUGUGGGAUAUGGCGUUUGGCAAGGUUGAUUUCAACCAAAAAGAAUUUUUGAAAGACUUGGAGGGCUCAAGGACAUUGCUCCAUUUCGGUGUCGGGAUAGGAAUGUAAAGCUCUGUUCUUUCUCCUGAUGGAAUCCGAUACUUUGCCUUCACACUUUCGAUGUCUAGUAAUCCUAUCGAUACCAAAUAGACAAGGAAAAGUUUCUUAUCGG